AUGGCGGGCCUUGUUGCCGUGCUCGUAGCUGUCUCAUUGGCCGCCCCUAAUCCUGCCGUUAACAGAAUCGAUGCUCCCCCCCAGAGACCACAUUCUACCACCAUUAUCGGUUCAAAAACAACCCUCAGCUCAUCGACAGCGCCACACAUCACCCUCAAGCCAAGAAAACCCGCCGUCAACAGGAUCGAUGCCGUUGGUGUCAAUGUACACGGUAAACCCACCAGCAGCUCAGCCCACAGCAGUAGCUUUCGGACUCUCGUCAGCACAACGGUGGGACCACACAUCGCUCUGAAUCCCAGGGACCCCGCAGUCAACAGGAUCGAUGCACCUGGCCACAAGCCUCAUUCCAGCACCCGGACUAGCUCAGCAACAGCCGCUAGCUCAUCGAAUAGACCUCACGCUCCUAUUGAAGAACGAGCCCCAGCUGUCAACAGAAUCGAUGCGGUUGGCAAUGGUGUGGUCGACCAGGCCUUGGUCAGCGUAGUCGGUGGAACCCCUGUCACUCUAGCUAUAACCGAUGUCCAACAGCUAGAGGUAGCAGCUACCGAGAUCAUAGGCGCCGCAGCAGCUCCCAUGCCCGUCAUCAGUGUCAACCCGUUGCCAAAUAAUACGGCUGUCCCUGCAUCCUUCUUUGCAGGCCCUACACCUAGCAGUAGCGCUAUACCUUUCGAAGUCCCAGACACCGAAACCGUCAUCUACAUCACAGUUCACCCCGACCGCCCCAUCGCCAAGCUUGAUAUGGGCCAAGUCCUACUUCACGCCAUGUCCGAGUUACGCGAAACCAUUAACGAAAAUGGGGAGGAUGGCUGGUUGCCCGAAGACGACUGGUCAUGGUUUGCGGAGACGUGGGAUUGCUUACUAACUGCGGAUCGGAAUUUGAUCCCCGGACCGGGUGGCCGUGCGCAGCAUUUGACGUACGGAGUUUUGCACAACGCGUUGGUGGGACUGUGGGGCGCGAUGUAUUCUCAUGGAAGGUACUUUGCGUGCGACUUUGAAAUUGAAGAUGCACAGUGGGGCAUUGUGGGAAGUGGGAGCAUGAAUUCUUGGGACAAAUCGGAGGGGAGUCUCACUACCUCCUAG